AUGAACGAUUUCUAUUCAGAUAAAGAAAUCAGCGAAGAUUUAUACAAACAUUUGAAGAUUAUGGAAAGCGAUCAGGAUUUGAAGCUGCAGGAAUUUCAAUUUACAGAGAAUAAUUCCGACGAAGAAGAAGAAGAAGUCGACGAAGAAGAAGAAGAAGAGUUCUCAUUUGUCAGCGUAGGAGAAGACGGCGCGGCGGCGAUCGCGGCGGAGGACGCGUUCAGCGGGGGCCGGAUCAAGGCGGCGGCCUUCCCAUUGUUCGACCAGAGCCUGCUCUUCGCCGGCGACGGCGAGCCGCCGGAGGAUCUCCCGAUGCGGCCGCCGGUGAAGAAGGUAUUCGUGGAAACCAGCGGCGGAGCUCCGGCGGCGGCCGACGAGAAUAUCGCCGGACCUUACUGCGAGUGGUCGAGCCGGAAGGCGGUGGAGGCGGCGCCGGCGGCGGAGGCUUGUAAGAAGAGCAACUCCACCGGCUUCUCGAAGAUCUGGCGGCUCAAGGAGAUCACGUGCCGGUCAAACAGCGACGGGAGGGACGCGUUUGUUUUCCUCAACGGCGGCCACGCGCCGCCGCACGCGGCGGCGGAGAAGGCGGCGCCGCCGCCGGUGGAGAGGACGUCGCCGCCGCCGCCGGCUGUGAAGGGGGCGAAGAAGGGCGGGAAGGGGAAGGCGGCGGUGUCGCCGCACGAGGUGUAUUUGAGGAGUAAGGCGAAGGAGGAGGAGCGGCGGCGGUCGUAUUUGCCGUACCGGCCGGAGUUGAUGGGAUUCUUCACGAAUAUUAACGGCGGAUUAACGAGAAAUGUUCAUCCGUUUUGA